CACGGUUUAUUUUGAUAAACACUAUUUGUCGCCGAUAAACAGAGUUAAUCCAAAUAAACACUGUUUAUUGAGUGAUAAACGUAGUUUUUCUCAAUAAACACUAUUUUUCAGUCAAAAACAGUGGUUAUUAGUUGAUAACAUAGUCAUGGGCGAUAUACAGUACACUGUUUACGGGCAUUUUUUGUCAUCUUUAAGGUAGAAAAUUGGAAGUUGUACUGAAAUGUUUGUUGAUUUUUAUAUUGUAUGUGUGUUUGGAUUAGCGUGUCCAUGUCCCUGGAAAAUGGGACUAGCUUGAAUGCUCCCCAGGGAGUAGAGAAUGUGAACUGAAAUGUGUUAAAUAGAAAUUGAAUCCAGCGACAAGGGUGAUAAUAAUACUGUAAUCGCUUUUGUCGGUUAUAACCGAUGAAGCACUUUAUAAGAAACAGUUAUUAUUAUUGGAAGUAAUUGCCCCAAAAGAAGAAGAGAUAGAGAACCAUAUAAGUAGUACACUAAAGAAUGUCAAAGAAGAGUUGAGAGGAACCAGACGUAGAGGAACAGGACGGAGAGGGAGAGCUCACUUCUGGCCGAGAGGUGUCAGUUUCAAACAGAACAAGGCGUGGCAACAGGAUUACAACCAAAAUAAACUUAUGGUGUGGAUAUACAGUGAUUCCCAACUCAGACCCAUCGUUCAAGGAGAAUCACUACAUGUGGAGGGUCAUCUUCAGUUUGGCAUCAACUGCACACCAGGCGGAACCUGUCAGCAUGUUCAGCAGGAACUCCUGUCGUUUAGUCCUGAGCAUGACCCGGAUGUAGUUGUGUUGGCCACAGGGACAAACAAUCUUCAUAACAAGACACACAUGGGUCACCUAGAGAAGGCGCUGUAUGGAGAUAGUGAGACGUUCAGAAGUCUGAUCCGAUCCGCAGGGGAGAAGUUCCCUGGUGCAGAGCUGAUUGCAACCAGCAUUCUCCCUCGUCUAGACUCCUUCGGAGGCUACGUUGAUCUCUACAACGGUGGGUUUGCCACGGUCUGUGAUGAGGAAGGAGUCUCCUGGAUUGACUUGACCUCGUACUACCCAGAAGAGUCCACUGUCUUGUGGGCCAAAGAUGGCCUGCACCUCAGUGAAUGUACAGGGCUCCCUCUAUACAUGCACAUCCUCAAUGAUGAGGUGCACAGGGUGUUGUUUGAAAGUAAGCUAGAAAAGAUACAUACAUACAAGUGAAAUUUUUGCUUUGUGAUUCCAUGUUUGAUGAAUUACCUUCUUGUUAUUGAGUAGAUCCAAGGUAAUUGGGCUUUAUGUGUUACCAAGUAAAUCAAAGAAUAGAUACAUGGAUAUUAGCAUGAAGAAAUCUGAUGGUCCUAUUAUAUUUGUUUAUAUACGCAUGUGUUGCGUGAAUCAAGGAAAACAAAUAUACAGUGUAUAUAUCUAUUUUUUAUAUCCCAAUUAUAAUCAUUGUUCUAUUAUACUUAUGGGACACAAAUAAGUAAAUACCUUGGACUUACCAUGUAGAUUCUAGAACAUCUAUUUAUUGUUGUUCUUGAAAAGAGUUUUAGUUUAUACAACGGCACUGCUUCAUGAAACUGUCAUAAGUACAAAUUCACAGAUAUCUCAUUGAAACUUGUGUUUAAUGUAGUACACACAUUUUAAUGAGUUGUCGGUAAACUUGUCCUUCUAAAAAAGGGGUUUUGUGAAAUGCUGCCUACAGUGACUUUUGUUUUGUGCUACCCCAUUUAAACUUGUUUCACAUCACCUUUUAUACUGAUUUUUAACAUACAUUUUCAUAAGUUAAUCAGUACCUUUAAUACAAUGUAAAUGUUGAGGCAAAGUUUCUUUUCUAUUUUGAAUGUUUUUGUCCAUGCUAAUGAAUUAGAAUUAACAUUUAUAUGCUUUAGUGUUUUAUAUGCUUUGUUUAGUCCAGUGUUCUUACCUCUUUCCAGUGUAUGCAAAUCCUUUUAAAACAGACAACAUGAUUGAACGAGCAAACACAUCAUGAAGAUUUAUUGUAAAACAUGGAAAUGUUCUAUAGAAGAUAAUACACUAUCGUAUGCUGUAUUUUGUAUGUGUUAAAUGCGUUUAUGAUACGUUUAAGUAGCCCAGCUACUAGAUCGAAGGAGUUUUUCCCUCUCUGAUUAGAAAUUCUAAUUGAUUAGACCCUUGAAUUAGACUAACUUGCCCUGGCCAUCUAUAUCACGUUGGUAUUAGUUGCAACUAACUCACCAACAAACUCGGAGACCUUGGAGUUUAGUUAGUCUAAUUCCACAAUUUUACCAUCAUUAUUUUCUUUGAGAGUUGGAAGACUGUGCUAGCCUGGUAGACAAAUAGCCUGUUUUGUAUUAAAAGGAUUUGCCUUCGUUGUAGCAGUAUAUUUUACAUUUUAUUUUGAUUAAAAUAUUAACUUGUGAAAUACUUGUCAUUGUUGUUGUCUCAUCAUUUUUCCUGUUUUAAGUGAGAGGCAGAAAAGUGUAACUUGAGAGAGCGAGAGAGAGAAAGGGGGUGUAUAUUAAAAAAGACAGAUUUAUGUCAUUUUCAUUUCAUAUUAUUUUUAUGUCGUAUGUAAGUUACCAUGUUGAUGUGUGUGUUGAUUUGUUUUGAAGAAUCUUUGGGUUUGACACAUGUAUCUCUUGAUUUGCAAGUUGAACAAUGAGCAAAUAUUCAGCUAGUUUUAUUCCCGUUUUUAUUCCUGUUUCCUUUUUGUUUUCAGAAGUAAUUUUGUUAUCUUUAACUAGAGUAGCAGAUCCUAAAUCUGAAUGAUGUUAGUUGAAUUGAAAAAUUUACUUUAAUCUCCUCAUUUGUGUAAAUUUUGUCUUUAAUUCAACUUGUUUGUUAUUUUUUUG